UAACAAACUGAGCACACACACUCUUUGGACCGUUUCAGGGCCGGCGUGGGCCAUAGGUCGUUAUAUACCGACCUGAUUUCCCCCCUCUCGUUCUGCUGUCCUCACAGACCAAAGAAACGGCUCCGUCUGAUCGUCAUCUCACCAGGAUGAGUUUUGUGAAGCAAUCCCUGCUGCUGCUGCUGCUGGCAGCUGUCAGCACCUACGCAACAACAGAAGACUGCGACGGCCUCAACAGAACUCUGCCAAUCUCAGACUUCCACAAGAUCUUGGGCAACUGGGUUUUGGUAUGGGCCGUCUCUGACACGGAGAACUUCGAAAUGGAAAACUUCACCAACUCACAUGUUGAGAUUCAUCUCCAAUCUGACAACGUGACCGUCUCAUACGACGAGAGGAACUUCUACAGCGCUACCAACUCCUGUGUCUUCUACCAGUCAACUUUGAAGAAUCCCACCGACAAGCACGUUGUGCACAUUGACGACAUGAUGGAGGAGAAGAACGGCAUCAACACUCUACUGAAUGACAACGGUACAGUGCAGGUCUUUAAGACGGAAGAUGACUCUAUGGUGGUACUCUACAGAGGAAAUUCGGGACACUACUUGCUCAUUCACAGGAGAGAGGGGGAUCAUACGGACUUUGCAAAGACAAGCAAGUCUCACGACCGUUUUCUGAAACUGUCCGACUGUCUCAGUGUCCGUAGUGCUUAUUUAUACACCCUCAAAGACACAAGAGAUUUCUGCCACAUGAAGUCUGCCACUGCGAAGGCCAGUGGAGGUGCUGCAUCACAAUAGAAAACAUCUGUGCAGAUGUGCUGGUCAUAGAUCAAAUAAAAGCAAGCAUUUAAACCUG